GUCAACAGAAGAGCGUCUCGCUACGAGCGUUCUACAAUAAUAAAAAAAAAAAAAAAAAAAAUUUAGAGAGUUAAAGAAAGCCAAGAUAUUUUCGCUAUCUCCAUAUAUUAUAUUUAUAGGACCAAUUUCCUCUAUGUAGAUAGAUUUUUUGAGUUACCCAAAAUAAAUGUACUAAUAUAAACGAAUGUGUAUCUAAUAGAAUAAAAACCAAAAAAAAAACAACAAUUUCAUGAUGUCAUAGAUUGGUGCUCUCAUCAGUGUACAGAAAAAUUGACUACUCUGCUCGUGCUCACAGCAUAAGAAAGUGGAUCCAAAGAAGACAGCACAAAAACCAGUAUAUGGAAGCGGGAUCAAAUGUAGCUCACACCUAAAAAAUUUUUAAAAACGAAAGCGAAAGAAAACGGUUUAAGCUACAAUUCGAAUAAAACUCAAAAAAAGAACCACAACAAAAAAGGAGGUCAAAAAUCCGUUGAAAUGUCGGCCACAAGUUGUCUGAAGUUUUUUAUCUAUAUAUUCUACAUAAUUUGUGCGUUACUGGCAUUUGUUGAUAUAGGAUUUGGCUCUUAUGUGCUAUUAUCCUAUGAUUCAAAUCAAAUUGGAACUAUAGCCGCAUAUGCCUAUGUGGCCAUUGGGGCAACUGCUCUAGUUUUAAUACUUUGGGGCUUUUUGUCUGCUUGGAGAGAAAAUGUUUGCUGUACAAUUACGUUUAUUGUAUUCUUCUUACUGGUAAUCAUAGCUCAAGUGGGUGCCCUAUACUUUUUAAUAAAUAGCUCAAAAUCGGUGGCCUCGAAUUUCGCCAAUGCUUUGGAAACAACUUGGGAGGAAGAGUUAGACAGUCCUGGCGCCAUGUCCCUCUAUGAGAAUUGGUUUAAUUGCUGUGGUCGCGGCAGUCCCAAUGACUAUAUUGUCAAUGAACGUAUGCCGCCAGCGACAUGUUUCCGCAAUCAUGAUACGAGUAAAGCUGAAAAUCUUAUCAAUAAUGGAUGUCGGGUGGAAUUUGAAAACUAUUGGCUCAAUUUGAUACAAAUAUUUAAUAUUUUAAGUGGCGUUUUGGUGUCUCUAGAGCUUGUCCUCAUAUUCUUUUCGUGUCGUCUGUGUACUACAAUUCGAAAUGAUCGUCGUCGACAAUACUUUUAAAAACUAGAUAAAGUUCUCUUUUUUAUCGACUGAGCUUUCUCUACGCCAAAUAUUCUCACAGGUUUUCUCACACUUUUUUGAUUCUGAAAAUUGACUUCAGAAAUAAGAAACAAUUGCGAGUUGUGCUAUAUGUAUGUCUAUAAAUGGUUAUAUAUACAUUAAGUUAUUGAUGUU